GUCCAAAAAUCUGUAAGCGAACCGAGAUUUAUCCACCUGGUUUUUUAUCCAAGAAUCUUGGAGGUUGUUGGUUGUAUGUGAAUUACGCUGGUUUCUCAUUGGUUUACCAUAUAGCACUUGCUGCCUGGGCUUCUGCCUAACGUGCCAUGUUACUAUGAUUACCCAAGCGCCGUGACAUGUUUAUAAGGCCGUGUUUCAGUAAUGAAAUAAGCAUUGUGGAUGGCACUGUUGGGAUCGGUAUUUAUACCCAGAUGACACUCUUUGAUUAUCCACAAUACUUAUCGCCUCUCCAUCCACUACCCUCACACCCAUAUCUCACAACCUCUAUUUCCCGCACAAUAUGGACUCUCAAGAAGAAUCGGUUUCUAUACCGGAUUUUCCACCACGAGAUCCUUCUCUCGAAACCCGCCCAGUUCCUCUCAAGCGCUCUUUUAACAUCCGCUCAUUCGGUCCUGGUGCUGAUCCAGCUAUCCAGAAAACAGCCCGAUAUGUCAGUGAUGUAGACCUGGAUAUCCGGCCCUCAGAUUACAGUGAUGACCCUGAAUUUGAUAGUCAAGUGUUUGAAAGAGAGAGGCCCUUCAAUCGGUGGAUCCGUGAUAACGAAGAUUGGUUGGGCUACAAAAAGAGGUCUGACGAUGUCCGCAAGCUUCUCUCCGCUGUAGAGGCACAUCAAAAUAAGACACGAGGGCCGUUCGGACAAGCAGUCACGGAUCCAACAUGGGGCUAUUUCGUCUUUGUCACAUCUUAUUCCGGUCUGGCGCGCCAAAAACUCAACCAAGCUCUAGAAAACCUGGUCCAGGCCACACUCAGAAGCUUAAAGCCAAUGUCACCUUCUCUGUAUAGUGAAGAAGCAACUAAAAGAUUCAAGCUUGAAGUCAUAGAAGACAAAGAGGCUCUAGAGAAUGCAUCAGAAGACCGAGUGAGAGAGGAAUUUCGUGCUCAUCUCAGAAGUCUCGGGGUACUUGAAGACGAUAUCAUGUUCAGAGGAAUUGGUACAAGCAGGUUCUCAGCAUGUAUCCUCCUUGAUGAACAAACAAUCAGCAGGUUGGCCAAUAUUGCGUUCUGCCUUGACAUUGAAAGGGAUGAGCGUCGUCUUGCCAGAGUCUUUGUGAGGAUGAUCGAUCCAAAAUGGAACUAUCCUGAGGAACCCUACCCAGAGGCAAUCGAUGAUGACGGUGUGCCAUAUCGAGGCGGAGAUGACUGCCCUGUCACUGCUCUCGCAGAGCUCUAUCGCAUAAUGGACGGAAAUCUGAUGGGGGAGUAUCCUUUCUUGUGGACUUUACCUUAGCUUAAGCUACCUUUAUAUUUCUGCUAAAAUCUGUGCAUAGUUGUCAGAUUAACGGCCCGUUCAGCCAAUUGACAUGUCGUUGAACUAUUCCUGCGAUUAGGAAAUUAUUGUAGUUUGUGGUUAUUAACACUAUCAUCAUGUGUUUGGACUUUAUCACAAAAGAGUGCGUGAGACCAUGCGUAAGAACGCCACGAAGUUGUAAUCCAUAUCAAGCUCUGGCCACUGAAAAGGAAUCGCUAAAGUGGCUAGGUAGCUAAAAGUUUGACACGAUAGAUGAGGCAACAUAUGCUCGCAUAUCUAAGGUAUACAGAGAUAGUGUAGGUUGAUGAAGUGGGACCAAAGACAUGAGCGGGAC